AUGAAGAAUGACGCUGGUCAUCAUCAUGUCUCAAAGUUCGUGAAAAGAGCUGACGAAAAAGUGGAUAAUGAAGAGAUUACGACUGUAUCUACUGCAGACGGAAAUGAGCAAACUGGAUUCCGACUUCUGCUGUUUGGACUUGGUCUUACUAUCGUAUUCGCAGCUGGAAUAGUCUCUCUUGGUCUUUCAAUCAUUGGUGGUACCUUCAUCCUUACUCUCUUUGCCAUCUGGAAUGGGGUUAAACUCUACAAGCCUGAAACAUAUGAAAAGGCAUCCGACAGUUUGCACCAAACAAUCUCGAAAGCUUCGUCUCAUGUCAAAGAACGUCUUUCACAAGGAAAGGAAUUCGUAGAGAAAGCAUAUACUGGUGCCAAGGAUGCAACCGUAUCUAGGUUUGCUCAGUUGAAGGAUCGAUUCCGUGGUGACCGAAAUGAUGAUACUUCUUCUGAAGGCAAAGAAAUCGAAGAAGAGCCCGUCGUUGUUGAGGACGUGAAACGACAUUCUUUGACUCAGACUGAAUCAGUCUUAAAAGUCUUCAAAGAUGGCGAGACAAUCGUCAUGGCUGAAAGUGGGUUCUCGAUUGGAAUAGAAUCCAAAAAGGAAUCUUCUCAAGUCGUUGACGAAGAUGAAAAAUAUGUGUCACUCCUUGAAGUUGCUGAACCUGGUACCUUGACUCGAGAUGAAUCACAAAAGGAAUCUCCUAAAGUUGUUGACGGUGAAAAAGACCUUCGACGACUAGAUUCGCAGAAGGGAUCUUCAAAGAAUCUCGAAGUUGAUCACCCUCUUUCCGCCACUUUUGCAUCUAAAGAUACUCUUCACGAAGAAUUGUCUUCUGGUGAUGCAUCUUCCUUUGUAAAAGAUACAACUGAUGCUGAAACCGAGACUGCAGAAACCGCCGUUGACUCUACUCUUGCUUCAUCUGGUGCUGAACCUCAAGACCUUAGUGCCGUGUCCAGGAACGAGGUUGCUCAUUUGGCCCACAAUACUGGAGGUGAUUCCACAAAUCCAGAUUCCACUACCGCAGCUCAUGACGAUCAUCGAAACACUAUGAACGAUUUGCAUCGAGGCUCUAUGAAUGACCCCUUGGGCAUAGAUAUGACCAACAACACGUCGUCAAGUGCACCAAUGCCUCCUCUAAGUAAAAAUCAACGAUUUCCACCUUGGGUCAUUGGAGGUGGAUUUCUAGGAGCUGGAGCAGCCUGUGUUUUCGCACCAAAGCAUGUGCUCGAGUUGUCACUUACAAGGCCUGUACUCGAUGAUUUACAUGUGGUUUUGAUGAGAUGUUUUGGGGCGCAAGCAAUGCUCGUCGGUCUCACUUGGAGUCUCAUCAAGCCUACCAGGAGAGCAUAUCAAUACUUUGGAGCAGCAAUGUUGCCAUUCUUUGCUUUCGACUAUUGGGCAAUCAAUUCUGGUCUCUUCACUUCCUUGAUUUGGGCUGAUGUUGUUGGAAAUGUGGUAUUCCUCUCAACCUGUAUGCACGGUGCUUCCAUAUGCAUCGAUUAA